GUGCAUUGCAGCAAGGCUACAGAAAUGUGUGACACGAGCACUCCGUAUGAUUUAGCAUCAGGGCUUAUAGGCAUGAACUGGGGUUAAAGGGGAACUUUACCCUCAAAUUGCUUUUUGCCUAAAGAAAGAAACUGCAACAGAGCAACAUCCCAAUGAUCAUACAUUAAAUGCUUUCACAGCUUCUUGUGUCAUUGCUCCUGAAAGGGGUCACUAUCUGGCAGUUUUUCUCUGCCAAUCACUGCUGGUUCUGACUCCUAAAACAGUGCAGCAGUAGCCAGCUGGUUAACAGAUAGGGUUGCCACCUGGCCAGCAUUUUACCGGCCUGGCCUGUAAAAAUGCUGCUUGGUGACUGUUAUUAAUAGGGGAAAACCAUAAAAAUAUAGGAUGGCCGGUAUUUUUUUUCCCAAAAAGGUGGCAACCCUAUUAACAGACCCGGAGGAGAUCUUCAACACAGCACUUGUAGGGCUAAAUGGAUAUAUUAUCUUCCUCCUUGCUACCCAUGAAAGGCACACAACAUGCCCUGUUGCAGGCAUUGCUUAGUCUCCCGCCUGGCUUGGCUUUGGGCCCCACGCUUACCCAAGGAGAAGGUAUGGGACUGUGGUGUGUCGGCAAGGUGCUGCAGUGUGGGACGCUGCUUCCUCCCCGUAGCUCUGAUGCUGAUGGGGGAUCAAUAGAGAUUAUGGACCACUUAUCACCAAAUAACACCAACCACUGGUUAAGGUAUAUCAGGAGCAGCCUGAAUGAACAGAAUGUUAAGCUGUGCACACUGAGUGGGGCUGUGCAUCUGCAGGUAAUCACUACCAUCCAUCCUGGAUCAGAGCUUCAUUUACACCAGGAGGGACACAGAUUUGCCACUGAGAAUGAUGGAAACCCGGGGCAACACCAGACAGAUCUAAGACAGGGGGCACAGGCAUCUGAGCGAUUAGAAUCAGCUCCAGUGCCUGUCGAUGAACAGAAACGCAAGUUGGAUUCUAAAGAUGCUGAGAUGUUGGAGUGCAACUGCCCACCCACUGUGCCACUGCCACUCAUAAUGUCCGUAGUGACACCACAGCCUAACGGGCCGUCUGCAGCCGGAACACCAGAAACAGAGAGUACGGCAUCCGCAGAACCUGCAGAGCAAGAAAACUUAAAUCCAAUUAUAACAGAACCAGAGGGUGCUAAGCUCUUAAUCAGCCUCCAUCAUAUAAACUGCUCGGCAGAACCUGCGACCCAGCAAGCGGUUCCUGUGCAGUAUACACAAGUCACAGAGUGCCUAGAUACUACUGAUUUAAGACCAGUGGAGCAAGAGAAAACACUGCAGACGUCACAGAACAAAAAUACACACGUUGCCUCUGUUGCCCAGAGUGAAGCUUCUCAUGAGCAGCACAAGCCUGAAGGGAUACAGGAGCAUCAGAAACCCUCUAAAGUGAAAUUGCCCAAAGAGAAACCUAAAGAACCAGGAGGUGAAGCUAAAUCAGCAGUGAAUGUAAAGAAAGCGAGGAAAGCACCCAAGUGGAAAUCUGCUGCAUCCAACAGGAGAAAAGGGGCAAAGAAUACAGACACGUCUGAGGAUGCCAGAUGUGAGCCAGCUGAACAGAAAGAAAGUCCUAAUGCACUUCUAGUGAAUAAAAAGUGUAAAAUUCAACCCCAAACUGAGCGCCGGUUUCCAUGUAAAGACUGUGACAGAAGCUUUUUCCAGCUGGGCCACCUAAAGAAGCACAGUUUCAUCCAUAGUGGUCUGAAGCCCUUCCUGUGUACAGACUGUGGUAAGGCUUACAGUUCAGAGGAGAGCUUCAAAGGACAUUUGCUUUCCCACAUGGGACUCCGACCUUUCAAGUGCCAGCUCUGUGACAAAGCAUACAGCACGCAACGGGACUUACGCGAGCAUGCGGUUCUGCACACUGGGCAGCGCCCCUACCGCUGCGAGGACUGCGGCAAAAGCUUUACUCGACGACCCACCCUUCGCAUCCAUCGGAAGAACUACUGCACUUCGGCCGCAUCCAUCGACUACAAGCCGUCUCUGGAGUGCCCGGUCUGCAGGAAGAUGCUGGCCAACAGCUGUUCUCUGCGCAACCACAUGCGGAUACACUCCGGAGAUAAGCCGUUUACCUGCUCUGACUGUGGCGCAGCUUUCCGCCACAAGAGCAGCUUGCGGGUUCACAAACGAUUGCACACAGGAGAGAAACCAUACAAGUGCCAGUAUUGCGGCGAUGCCUUCCCCCAGCAGCCAGAACUGCGGCGUCACUUGAUCAUGCACACCGGAGAGAUGUACCUGUGCACCGUCUGUGGCAAAGCACUUAAGGACCCUCACACCCUGAAAGCUCACGAGCGCCUGCACACGGGAGAGCGCCCCUUUACUUGCCAGUACUGUGAAAAAUCAUACCCUCUUGCCACCAAGCUCAGACGGCACCUGAAAUCCCAUCUUGAGGAGAAGCCAUUCCGUUGCCAUCUAUGCGGCAUGGGAUACUCCUCACAGCCUAGUCUAAAGCGCCACUUGCGUAGCCAUAAAGAAGUCGCUGAGACAGGCUAUUCCGCCGCAACAGCCAAUGAGAAUUUAGAGACUGAGUCCACUGUAGUUUUUGUACAGGUGAUGGAUUCAGAGGAAUCUCCCAGCCAAGGAGAGGUGCUGGUUGCUGAAUAUACAGACAAUCCGGAGCCAGGCCUGUCCCAGAAUCCUCCAGCUGUUCUUCUUCCCAUGCACUCUGGAAUAGUGGCAGUGUCCUCUGAGCCUGGCCAGGGGAAGGGGAUCCUCCUGCAAAAGGAUAAUGGUCAUGUGGUAUUACUGGUGCCGCAAGCUCUUGGGUUCAGCGCGGUAGCAGAGGAAGUCGAGGUGGAAUCUGGGACGUGACAUGGGACAUUUGGUAACUUCUGACCCAUCCACCUAAAGAAAGAUCAGUCUCUCUGAUCCUGUAUAUGGCAGCAGUAUGGUGCAGAGCCUUCAGAGCAUCAGCCAGUCAGACAUUGCAGAACAUUGUCCAGCUUUGUGCAAGAUCUUUUCACACUAGAGAUAUGGGUAGACAGGUGACUGUAGUGACAUGGCUUCCUGUUUCUGGGAACAUAUCCAUGAAGAGCAAUACUUCUACUGCCUAUUGAAUCAUUCUGUGUUGUUACAGUAAGAUCUGCAAUGUUGUAGUUGGUCUUUGUCCUUAAAGGGAUACUGUCAUAUGUUCAAAACGCAGCAGUUAGUGCUGCUCCAGCAGAAUUCUGCACUGAAAUCCAUUCCUCAAAAGAACAAACAGUUUUUUUUAUAUUUAAUUUUGAAAU